CACUAGUGCCACAACUACAAUAGCUCGAAAAAAGGCCGCACCGUUGGUACGUUGGGCGAGACCUAAGCUAUUGAGAGGGCCUCCCUGCAUAAGCCCUUCAGCAGAGCGCCAAAGCCCUAGAAGGAGCGGCAUCACCUCUCCGGCGGCGCCCACCAUGUCGACGCCCUCCGGCUCCGGCGAGCCCGACGGAACCGCCCCCGCCCCGGCCCCCGCCGCCUCCACCUACUACGACGUGUAUGGCCCCGACGCCAAACCUGAUGUUGUUUUUAAGGAGGCCAGUUCAGAUUCUACAUUAAAUUUACAGGAUGUUCAGGGGCUGGUCACUUGGGUUAUUGGUGAAGGCAUGCUGCCUUCUUGGGUGUUUGUGAAAAACAAGCCUCUUAUACCGAAAGUUGUCCUUCUCUAUGUUCCUGGACUCGAUGCAGCUUUAUAUAUGUCGCAGUCCCGCCUCCUUUCUUCUUUGAAAGAGUUGUGUGGCAAUCCGAAACCUGUUCUAGCUUCAAGCUGUGUACCAGAUGAAAGGCAUACCAUUGACGCACUCCUGACAUGCAGAGUAAAGCGAAAGCGUCAGUCAAAACCAUCAAACCAAUCAUAUGAAUCUGAUGGAGGUAAAUUAUCAAGGCUAGAUGACCUAAAAGAUAUACCAUUUCCUGUUAAAUAUUACACACUUUCUGCGAAAGAGUUAGACGAGAAUGGCUACUCUUUCAGUUUACCAGGUUUUGUCCCUACCGUUUCAGCUCCUUCAGGCGCUUCUCCAUAUGACAUUCUUGCACUUGAUUGUGAGAUGUGUGUGACAGAAGCUGGAUUUGAACUUACAAGGGUGACAUUGGUCGAUAUUAAAGGAGAGGUGGUACUAGAUAAACUAGUUAAGCCUGCCAAUCCAAUCACCGAUUACAAUACAAGGUUCAGUGGAAUCACUGCUGAGAUGCUAUCUGAUGUGACCACAACCCUCCAGGAGAUUCAGGAAGAGUUUGUUAGACUUGUGUACAAAGAAACCAUUCUUGUUGGACACUCUUUGGAAAAUGACCUCAUGGCAUUACGGAUCUCUCAUGAUUUCAUCAUUGAUACUGCUGUUUUGUACAAAUAUAAUCGUGGCCCUCGCUGUAAAAUUGCUUUACGUGUCCUUACAAACAAAUAUCUUAGCCGGGAAAUCCAGAACACAGGGUCUGGCCAUGACAGCGUGGAAGAUGCAAGAGCUGCUCUAGAUCUUGCCAUUUUGAAAAUCAAACAUGGUCCUGAUUUUGGUUCUCCACCAUCGUUUUCACGGCGGAAGUUGUCUUCCAUCCUCCAUGAAAGUGGAAAAAAAUGUUCCCUCAUUGAUGAUGUGUAUGUUCUUGAUCGAUAUUCAGAUGCUUCUAGCAAUUCAAUUGCGGUUUUCUCAGAUGAUGAUGCCCUCUCCAGAUCAAUGAAAGAGGUAAAAAAUGACAAAAUCAGCUUUGUCUGGACUCAGUUUUCAGGAUUGAUCUCUUAUCUACGUACAAGAGCUGAAGAUCCUGAUAAAUUGAAAUCCUGUGUUGCAGAGACUAUUGCAUUGAAAACCUGUGAUACAAAAACUGCUCGAAAAAGAGCCAAAGAACAAACUUGUCCAGAGUUGAAGGAAAUCUUGAGUGGACUGGACAAGAAAAUUAGAAAUUUAUACAGUGCACUGCCUGAAAAUGCUAUGUUUAUUAUAUGCACUGGUCAUGGGGAUACUCCUCUGGUACAAAGAUUAAAGAAAAUGCUUAACCACGGAGAAGAAACAAUUGAAAGCCGGGAAAAUAUUGUUCAAGCUUUGGAAGAUCUACAAGCCCAAGCAGAAGUUGCUCUAUGCUUCUGUUGUGUCAAGCAUUAGCUGGAGGACAGAAUCAUGCAUGGAUCCUAACUGACUGACAUGGAACCUUGCGCUAACAUGGAUUUGUGGAUUCAGUUUUGGAAGACGGCUUCAAAGUUCAAAGUCCGAAUGUUCCUGUUCUCUUUUUAUUUUUGCUGCCUUAGGAUGAGAAGCUGUAAAUUUGCAUACGAGUGUUCCAGGUUUCAGGCAUAGUAUGUAUCAUUUGGAGCAAGAUGUAUCAGUACGUAGCUAUAGAGCAUGUAGUAGCAUCCUAUAACAUUCAUUUUCUCUCGUAUAGGGAUAAAAUUUGUUGACGCAAGCAUGGUUAUAGGCUUAAAUCGAAUGGCAUGCUCCCUAAUGCCGUUCCACCAGAUGUUUGGCCUACUUU